CAACGCACACCCAUUUACACAACUACUAAACAAUACUUUAACUCCACAACAAAUUCAACAAUUAGCCGUACAAUUAACGCAACCACAAUCAUCACAACCACAAUUCCCUGUAGUAAGAACUGGAUUACCUUCACAUUCUAAACCAGGAAAGAAAGCUAAAUUUGCAAAAGUAAAUACCCCGAAUCAAUCAGGACAAUCAGGAUCUGAAGAUGGAUAUUCCACUUGGAACUAA